CAGUCAAUCGGAUUCAGUUGAUUCGGGACAAAGCGUGCAAGCGGUUGUCGUCGGUGUGAGCGCAUUUUUUUCUUUAAAUAUCUCAAGACCUAGAACGAUCUUUUUUUUGAAAAAAAAUUAUAAGAUACAAUAUUUCAUCCAAUGUGUAUUUUGAAAUAUUCUUAAAAAAGUUUUAAGCCUUUUUGAAAACGAUCAGGAAAUAUAUACGAAAAAUUGUUUCGAUCUUAGAGAGUGGGUCAAGUAAAUUAAUCAAACGAUCGCGAUCGCAAAAGGAAUUAACAAACAAAACAAAAAAAAAACGAUCUUUCUUAUAUAUUUUGUGGAUUAAUCGAGGAGCGCAAUCAAUUAUCCCAGGAAUUGCAGUUUAAUUGAAUUGAUUUCGUACAUGGUCAAUUAUUGAAGUACACAAGAAGUUACAAGUCUGAGACCAUCCCAUCGCAGCCGCCUUUAUGAUGCUGAACCGUGCGUGAUCAGAGUACAACAAAACCAACUUAAAAUCAUAAUUUUUUAUUCAAAAAAUAAACUAAAAUAACAUUAUCAUCAUCAACUCGCAAGAACAACAAAAUCUACCUUUAAGAAUAUGAAUAAAUUAUUAGCAAUAGUCACACUAUCGAUAUGCAUCGUGAUUGCAUCGACAAGUCACCUUGACGCACGAUCAGAUGCUCCACCAGCUUCAACACGAUCUCGAGGGAGCAACAAUCAUUAUCAGUUGCCACAGCAGAAGCAGAACCAGCCACAGCCACAGCAAAGUCUUCAUAAUCGCAAAUCACAAUCAGCGUUGCACAGUAGGAACGCCACGACGACGUCGACAACGGCAAAGACGACGAAGCUAACAGCUACAAACAAACUAGAUACCGGUGAUAGUUCACGGACAAUAGAUGGCGGUGUUGGCGGCUCAACUGGUGGCCGGCCAUUGAGGUUGAGACGAUUGAGUUAUGAUGAUAGCAGACAGCAGCAGCAACAUCACCGCAGGAAUAGCCAUCGGACGGGAAGGAACUUUGAAGGCAGACGUAGCGGUGGUGGCAGUGGUGGCGCUUCACUAUCGCCAUCUAAUCCAAGUUGGCAAUCGCGAUACAACACCAACAAUGUUAGAACGUAUAGCAGCAACAACGGACAUGGUCAUCCUAGGACGGUGGUGGCAUCAGCAGUCGGAAAAGAUGAUAUAAUGCGUGACGUGGAAAACAUAAAUGAAAACGACUUGAACAGCAACGAUUGGUUGCCAAGGGCUGAACCAGAAUUUGUAACACUGCCACCGCCAACAACAACAACAACGACAAUGAUGACAACGACAAGCAGUACCACCACAGAGGGACCAUACGGAACUGGAUCUUUUAGUCGCAAGAAUGGCUUUGAUGGUAGAGUGGAUCCAAAGGUUUUAGAAAGUCGUCACAUCUGCGUGCAGCAGCGUGCUCUUUUGGUGCCAGUUAAAACCGUCGAAGUCUACAAUCGGCCUAUGUGGAAGCACAUCAGCCACCCAUGUCCGGCGCAGACAAAUCAAUCGAAUCAAAUGUGCACACGCGUUCAGCUAGUUCAUGAGCCAGCAUAUCGAGAUAUCAUUCGUCACAAGACCACUAAGCAAAUGGUCUAUGACUGUUGUCCCGGUUGGAGCCGAAUUACCAAGAGCUCAAAUGCUUGCAUGAAACCAAUUUGCAGUGGUACUUGCCGCAAUGGCGGGACUUGCAUUGGUCCAGAAGCUUGUAGCUGCCCUCCAGGCUAUGGGGGUAAAUACUGUGAGAAGGAUAUUAACGAAUGCAACGAAGAGAAGCCAUGCGAUCAAUUGUGCUACAAUACUGAUGGUUCAUUUUACUGUCAGUGCAGAGAGGGUUUUGUGCUUCAAUCGGAUAAACAAAGUUGUAAAAAGAUUGAUAACAACGAUGAUGAUGCGUUCGAAGCCCGUGAUCUUGAAAAUGAGAUCGAUUCAAAUGAAGUGACGUCACGUUUGCAUAAAAUCGAAAAAUCACUUGCUAAUGAGAGGAUUACAACAAAUGAGUUGCAGAAGUCCUUAGAAGCCACCUACACUGUUGUGGAUUCGUUAAAGAAUCGACUGCUAACACUGGAAAAACAACAGCAAGACAUGAAUCACCUACAUAGCAACCUAGUAGCAACAGAAACCAGAACACGAAAACUAGAGAACAUGAUCAGUGUGCUGUUUAAGUGUCGCAAUUCACCUGGGCCGUACUGUCCUUAAAAUGCCUACAAAAAAAGAUAUUUUUUAAAGAUAUUUUUUGUUUAAGAAAAAUACAUAACAAAAUCCUUUUUUUUCCAUUAUAAGUUGACAUAAUUAUAAAUAAUUAUAAAGUAGUUGUUGUAUCCCUGAUUUUGUUUUAAUGUGAUAUAUAAAUUAUAUGAAUUAUUUUUUUUUUAUCAACUCAGUUUUAUUCUUGCCUAUAAAUAGUUCUGUUUUCAUAUCAUUUCAAUAAGGAAAACCAAAAGGAGAACAUAAAAAAGAGUAGAUAAAUAUGUUUAUUAGGAGAAUAAUGAGACUAUAUUAUAAUUUUCAUUUAAAAAAAUAUGAAUCCCAAACUCCAUUCCCAGAUUUUUCAUGUUUUCUUUUUUUUUUUUU